ACCAUUGUCCUUCUCGAUGGGAGAUGAUAGGGUAACAACAAUCAUUAUGUUUUUAGGGCGACAACACCUGUUAUCCAACGAAUAGGAAGUUAAGAUUGUGCUUACUUUUUAAUUAGUUAGGUUGACUCAAUUUAAAAUUUGCGCAGUGUAAAAUUCAUGAUACGGUAUGAUAAUCAUUUUGAAUAUUAUGUUUAGAAGAUUUAUUCUGAGGUGGCGAAGAUGACGGGAGGAAUAGUAGAGGGUAAGCUUUGGGAGAGCGAGCUAAAUCUUUUCGACGCUUCGUUUUUCACUGAUUUCGAGUCUCUUCCCCUUUGUCCAUGGACAAUGGAACAGAGGAAGGAGGUGCACUAUCGAAGAAGGGGAUAAGUGGAUAUCUAUUUUAGAUUUUAGGGAUUUAAUUUGUCUGGGUUGGUUUAAAGGUCGAGUAUUGUUUGGUUAGAGGGUUAGGUUGGUCCAGAUUAUAUGGCGGAUCUUAGUGACGCGACGGGUCGGGUAUCACUAUUUUCGGGUUAAAUAUGGCUGAUUAGACGAUUAUGUCUGUCAUGUCAGCACUUAACGAACUUCGUUAACGGAGAUGGAUGACGACUAACAGAGAGUGACCAAAUGUGAACGGUUUCACUAAACUAAGUGACCACCAACGGAUUUAAAUAUUUCCAGUGACCAAACAUGAACGAUUUUGUAAUAUCAGUAACCAACCAUGGAAUUAACCCCUUGCUUUUGUAAUUUGUCACUUAUGUAAUAUCCAUAUAUGUAUAAUUAUUCACAAAUUGGUUGAAGUUAUAAAAAAAUUAUAUUAUCUAUGAAUAACCAGGGUAUGGGUAUUGUUAACGUAUUUGUUGAAGGCAUAAAUUGCAUCUACUAGUGGGUUUUUUCCUAUACGUGGGGAAGAAGUAUGUUUAGGGAGGUGGGUCCCUAAUGCACUAUUUAUAAUUUUGAUUUCUAGAAAAAUCCUACAACAAAAGAAAACUGCUCCCGUUUUGGCCUUUCUGAAGGCGGUUCAUUCGGGUCUAUAAAAACCCUAAACCAACCAAAUCCGCAUCCCACCCAAACACGCACCAAAAGGAGAAGAAGAAAAAUCGAUCCUGCCCGAACUUCAAUCUCUUCGAGCUCUCCGAUUAUUUUCAGAAAUGGUGAGCCAACUCUUUCACUAGCUCUAUCUCCACGAAUUCUCUUUCUUCUUUCGCAUUUCAUAUUCGCCUUAAGAUAGCUAAAGCUCUCCGCUGCAUCCAUGGGGCAGAGCUUCGAUCUUCGCAUUCGUAAUAUAUUCGUUGCCUCCCGAUUAGGGUUUCCUGGAUGAAGGCCAGGGGUUAUUUUAGAUUGAUUCUUAAGGAGAUUUGUCAAGUUUCUGCCUGCCUGUUAGCUUCCCCUGCCCUUCUAGCCUCUGAUGAAACAACAGACCUAGUUGUGAUGAGGAGAUGAACUUUUUUCGUUGGGUCGCUGUUUUCUUUUGUGGUCUGCGCGGUUAAAUGAUUUGCUAUGGUUCUGUUUUGCAACAGGCUACACCUUUUAUAGCGGGAUGUACCGUUGCUGCAGCUGCUUAUGGUGCCAGGACCAUGAUCAGGGCUUGGCAAGCUAUGAAGACGAGACCGCGUGCAUUCUACAAAGGUGGUUUUCAAUCUACCAUGACAAAGAGGGAAGCAGCCCUCAUACUUGGAGUAAGGGAAAGUACUCCCGUCAAAGAUGUGAAGGAUGCUUAUAAGAGGGUCAUGAAAGCGAAUCAUCCAGAUCAAGGUGGCAGCGGCUACCUAACAAACAAAGUAAAUGAAGCCAAGAACAUCUUGAUUGGUGGCAAAAAUUCGGGCUCUGCUUUCUGAGGGGCGCACUUUUAGUACCCCUCCCCGUACUUGGCACACGAGACAGAUUCUUAUAACCAUUGGAAGAGUUUCGCUGUUAAAUGUACUUGCAGGUUGCAGCAUCGCACAUGAGAACCGCAGAUCAUUUUUCACCGCGUUCAACUUUUUUGCUUCGCAUUCUUGUAAUUGGAGGGACUAUAGAAUGUUGGGUCCCUGUCAUUGUGUUCCCCUCACAUCAGCUUCAUCAUCUGUAAAAGGAGCCCCGAGAUCGGGUAGUGAGUUGUUAGUUAUAACAGAAUGGUGGGUGAUGGAUAUAGCCUGUAGUUAACCCCAGAUAAUCUUUGAAAUGGAUUGAUGGGUGAUUGAUGUGCAUUAUGUGUUUUGACGGUAAAACCUGAAACUCUGCACAUUUGAAAUCC